UCAAAAAGUUAGCGUUUAGAUGGAAUUUUGUAUUUCUCCCGUUCCAUUAGCCCUCGGAAAUUUCGAGCGUGCUUUUGUUGCCGAGCAACGGCUGACGUCACGGUCCUUUCACUUACAUGUGUUUCCCCGUAUAAAGAGAAAGCAUCGACCGGCAUAAACUUAACAUCGUUGGGAUUCUUCAUUAGCUGUGCUUAAUUUAAAAUCACAAUUACAAUGGAUAAAGAUGAAUUGGUGCAACGGGCUAAGUUGGCUGAACAGGCCGAACGGUACGACGAUAUGGCCUCGGCUAUGAAACAAGUGACCGAAACUGGUGUUGAGCUCAGCAAUGAAGAGCGAAAUCUUUUGUCUGUAGCUUACAAAAAUGUUGUUGGUGCCCGACGGAGUUCAUGGAGAGUUAUUUCCAGUAUAGAACAGAAAACAGAAGGAAGCGAAAAGAAACAACAAAUGGCAAAGGAGUACCGUGAAAAAGUCGAAAAAGAACUGAGAGAAAUCUGCUACGAUGUUUUAGGCCUGCUAGAUAAUUUUCUUAUUCCUAAAGCCAGCAAUGCUGAAAGUAAAGUUUUUUACCUGAAAAUGAAAGGAGAUUAUUACAGGUACUUAGCAGAAGUUGCAACAGGAGAUCAAAAGAAUAGUGUUGUAGAAGAAUCACAGAAAGCCUACCAAGAGGCAUUCGAUAUCAGUGUUGUUGAGGAAUCUCAGAAAUCUUAUCAAGAAGCAUUUGAUAUAAGUAAAAACAAAAUGCAGCCAACUCAUCCGAUUCGUUUAGGGUUGGCAUUGAAUUUUUCAGUAUUUUAUUUUGAAAUACUGAAUGCGCCAGAUCGUGCUUGUCAUUUGGCAAAGCAGGCAUUUGAUGAUGCAAUAGCAGAAUUAGACACACUAAAUGAAGAUUCUUAUAAAGACAGUACACUUAUCAUGCAACUUCUAAGGGACAAUUUAACGCUAUGGACAUCAGACACACAAGGUGACGCUGAAGAACAGCCCGAAGCUGGUGACAAUUGAUAGUCGUGAGCACUACCUAUUUUGAAAACACGUCCCCAGCCUCAAACAAAAAAGCCUUUAAUUGUUAUUGAUUGCACCACCAUCUGAGCAGAGCCCAAAAACUGUUUGAAGAUCAUUAGUUUACAUUUUACAAACUUAUGUGAUGCCUUCAAUCGAAAGUUUGAAAUUGAGAGAGCCUUGUGGUGUUUUCUCAAGGCACUCCUCAUUUUUGCAGAAUUAUGGGCUUGCCAGAACUGAACCACAAAAGCUGGUGGUUUCUUUUCUUUCAUUGUUUUCAAAUCGGACAUUUACAAGUUUGUGCUCAAUGUUUCAAACUAACUUCAUCUGAGCAGAACUUGUUCAGUCUGAAGGAAACUCAAAAGUGGGAAUUCCCAAGCAGCAGAAAGUUUCAUGUAUUUGCUACACAAUAGUCUUUGUUCUAGGUUUAAUUUAUGGCCAAAUACGUAAUUUCAGUUGACUUUUUAACUAAUGUCCGUAAUCCUGUAUAAUGUGGUGGUAGCUAAGUUAUUUUGAACAUUUAAUUGUGACGUGACCAAAAUAUUCUAUUUUUUAAAUCUAGUUUCUGGUUUGGCCCAAAAUUAAACUUUGGGAUUUUAAUUUCAUAAUUAAGCAUGUCAUGGCAUUUUGUAAAUCCAUAUGGUCAGUAUUAGUUUUUAAUUUAUGGUUUUUCAUAGUUCUAAACAUUGAUUGAUCAGUAAUAAAAACUAUUAUUGGCCUUAGCGGGUAAUAUCAAAAUUAGUUCAAAUCUUUUUAAGAAAUGUCACAUCCCAUAUAUCUUGUGCUUGCAUCUUUUUUAAUAUAAAAUGCUGUGUAGAACAAAUUGUCUACUUCAAUUAAAUUUCAGUCUUACAAAAACAUUGAUCUGCUAGAAAUGUUGCUGAAAGCUUCAUUUAUACUUUUCUGUAUAUUGCAUACCAAGCCAAAUAAUGUGAAAUUUUCAGCAGUUAAAAAGUAUAUGAAUAAAAAGUUACGAUGCUUUUUUGUUUCA